AUCCAUAAAAGCCAACAGACGCAAACUUACAGCCACUAGAAAUAAUAAUAGCAGUGUCGAGAAGUUUGUGGAGUUAGGAAGAAGGAAGAAGGAAGGAACCGGUAACUAUGGCAACGGUUAAUUAGUUAGUGUUACAAUACAUCUUUUCUUUGUUCGUUUUUUGAUGUUAUUGUAAAUUAUGAUCUCUUCCGAGCAACUGCGUACCCUGACACCUGUCGCCGUCGUUAAAACAUUCGGCUUUCAGCUCAACACUUUCUAUCGAACCUCUCUCCCUUUUCCUUUUUCACUCUCUUUUUCCUCACCACGCCUUCAUCUUUGCUUUCCCCCAUCCACAACCGUCGACUCCUCCGUCAUCACGGAUGAGCCGCCGGUGAGGUUGUUGGCUAUAGUUGGCCAUGGAGCUAUCAGCCCUCUCAAGUCUGCAACUUGGGAGCAAGUCAUGCUUCACACAGCUAAAAGAUUGAAAUGGGUUGAUGAAGGGUAUGAACUUCUUGUAUUUAAUGACGAGUGCCUUAAAUCUAAUGGACAAAUGGCAAUGAGACUCGAGAAAGAGUUACGGAACGUCGAUAUAUUGGUGAUUGUCGCUGUUACAAACAAAGAGUCAGUUAACUGGAUUAAAAUCAACAGCAAAAGUAUUGAAAAUGUAAUAUGUUUUGACUCGUCACCUGAUUUGAAGAACAAAUUAGGAGGCUAUGAUAUUCACAAUGAAGUGAGAGGAAGUAUAUUUGGAAAAAUAUUUGGGAAUUCCAAGUUAGAUGAAACCAAAGACUCAUAUGAAGUAGUGCAAACUGUUUCUGAAGCAUGGGAUCGAAAUAGUUCUGACGAUAUACGGUUUUGUUUGCUAUUAUUAAUCAAUGCUUAUAUAAGGCCAGUUCCUGUAUUGAAGAACUUGAGAGCAAAGGGUUUUUCAACCUUAAACUGUAUGUUGAGGAACUGCGGCCGGCAGGUACUUAAUUGCUUGUUGGAUCCUAAUUGUAGAAAAGCUCUUCAAUGCUUAAAUAAGUGUAGUCCUGUUGAUCAAGUAUGUAAUUAUCGAUGUAUUGCUUCGUACGAAAGCGCAAAUCUAGAAGCCUUUUCGCUUUGCGUGUUACAGAAAAACAAUUGUCUUGAGUUGGAAGCAAAAGUCCCUACCAAACCAUAUGUGCCUCCAAUGGUUGAAUUUCGGGGACAGAUUUUAAGUCAUGCAAUUGCGGAAGAUUUGUUUGUUGGUUGGUUAGGGAGUUUGCAAUGGAGCUGGCGUGUCGUAGCGGGGCAAAAUCCUGCGUAUGAUCAAUUCCCUUGCCAAUAUCAGCUAUUCUACAGAGGAAAAGCAAAAGGGUCAUUUUGGUAUGAACCUGUUUUUCAGGUAAAAACAUUUGAAGGUGAAAUGGUAUGGAGGAGGAGAAAAUAUAGGGUUAAGAGAGGUAAGAUAUAUGGCACAUUCAAUUUCAGUGUAUUAGAUAAUGGAGUUGUUUCAAAUGAGUUUUGGACAAUUGUGGAUGUAGCUGAUGAUCUUAGUUGGGGUUUGUUUCACUAUCAUGGAGCUGCUAGAGCUGCAGGGCAGUCUUAUACUGGAGCAGUACUUGUUAGUCCAGAUGGAGCAUUUCCAAAUGAAAGAGAGAGGACAAAAAUAGUUGCUGCACUAGAGAAAUGUGAAAUCAAGGAGUGGGAGCUACAUAAUGUUGACAAUUGUUCAUGCGUUGGUCCUCCCUUGGGAACACCAGAGGGAUCAAGAUUACACGAUAUAGUUCAAGUUGAUGAUCCAAAUUGGUUGCAUGUUUGAAACUCUCAUUCUGGCUAUUUGUGGCAUAUCUUCUGAUGUGAUAUUCAAUGCAAUAAUUUGCUUUUUUGCUGCUUAUUGUUCCAUAAAUUACUUAGUAGCAAUCACAUUUUUAUGGGAGCACAUAAUCGAAUCAUGUAUAUUCCAAUUCUACGAUAUAUGUUGAAAUGUGGCCUGCAGAUUGGAUUCAGGAGAAAAUGAUUAUGUGAAUCGAACAUGUUCAAGCACCAA